ACGGCUCCUGGGAAGUGCGGGGGGCUGGGAGCGCAGCAGGCCUAGCCGUGUCGCCUGCUGCCAUUGGAGGAGCGCUCCCACUCCCAAGAGGCCACGCGUAGGCGGGGCGCUUCAUGCGGAAGUCAGCGGCGUCCGGUCCCAGCCUCCUCUGGGAGCGGGCAGUUGGCGACCCUGCACUGACCCGCGCCCCUCCGUCCCGAGCCCGCGCGCCCUCAGAGGGUGCCCGGACAGACUGAAGCCAUGGCGAUUCUUUUUGCUGUUGUUGCCAGGGGGACCACUAUCCUUGCCAAACAUGCUUGGUGUGGAGGAAACUUCCUGGAGGUGACAGAGCAGAUUCUGGCUAAGAUACCUUCUGAAAAUAACAAACUAACGUACUCACAUGGCAAUUAUUUGUUUCAUUACAUCUGCCAAGACAGGAUUGUAUAUCUUUGUAUCACUGAUGAUGAUUUUGAACGUUCCCGAGCCUUUAAUUUUCUGAAUGAGAUAAAGAAGAGGUUCCAGACUACUUAUGGUUCAAGAGCACAGACAGCACUUCCAUAUGCCAUGAAUAGCGAGUUCUCAAGUGUCUUAGCUGCACAGCUGAAGCAUCACUCUGAGAAUAAGGGCCUAGACAAAGUGAUGGAGACUCAAGCCCAAGUGGAUGAACUGAAAGGAAUCAUGGUCAGAAACAUAGAUCUGGUAGCUCAGCGAGGAGAAAGAUUGGAAUUAUUGAUUGACAAAACAGAAAAUCUUGUGGAUUCUUCUGUCACCUUCAAAACUACCAGCAGAAAUCUUGCUCGAGCCAUGUGUAUGAAGAACCUCAAGCUCACUAUUAUCAUCAUCAUCGUAUCAAUUGUGUUCAUCUAUAUCAUUGUUUCACCUCUCUGUGGUGGAUUUACAUGGCCAAGCUGUGUGAAGAAAUAGGAAAGAAAAAGUUAUCAUUAACCAAGGAUAUGAGAGAACAAGGAGUUAAAAGCAAUCCAUGUGACUCAAGCCUUUCACAUACUGACAGAUGGUAUCUGCCAGUCUCUUCAACCCUCUUCUCACUUUUUAAAAUCUUGUUCCAUGCCUCCAGGUUUAUCUUUGUCUUAUCUACCAGUUUAUUCCUGUGAACUUCAGAUUGAACCAUUCAUUGCAGCAGUAGCCUUAAAAAGGCUUUUGUUUAUUUCUUUGGUUUGUUAACUAGUGUCAUCUAUUUAGAGAAACAUUUUUGUUUUUAAUUGCACAAAGCUGUCGCCGCUAGUGUUAUGAGCUAUCUACUAAAACUAUGGAGAAACUUUGUAUGUGCACACAAAAGUAUUCAAGAGACAGUAUUGCUAACAUCUCAUCUUAAUGUCUUUUGUUAUUGAGAAGUUUUAGGUGCUUCAAAACAAUAUAAAUGGAUAAUAGUUGUUAUUUGGGGAAUUGUAAUGAUGUUGGUGCUGCUUCCUUCUAAGAGCUCAGACAAGUAAAGUAUGAAACAUUCUUAUUUCAGUUAGAUGGGGAACAUUUUGCACACAGAAUUAUCCUUGUCCUCCUAAUAUUGACUUUCAGGAAUAAAGUUCAGUGUGCUGAUCAUUCACAAUACAGUGGAUAGCUUGAUAUCUUCUGUUUUCCCAUUGCAGUUGAUUUGAGAAGAUGAAGGUUUAAAUAUUGUUGAAAGUUGCAGUUUUUUAAAUGUGUUCCUUUUUCUUCUGUGAAUAUUUAGGGCAAUCGUGUCGCUAAUAGAAUAUGUAGUAGAGGGGAUGGGGAGGUAAAUUCCUCUGACUUGCCAAAGAAAAAGAAGGGAACCACAGUGGAUAUGCUAGCAUUUUAGCUGUGUAAACGGAGGUAGUGUGGGAAAAGUGUUUCCAUUCUGGGAAAAGCCCAAACCGAAUACGGUCAGCAGUCAACUCCAGGGUUUGGGCUUGACUCCUGUUGAAUAAUAGUUUGAGCAUUCUUUGUGGUUAAAUAAAUUCUUAAAUCUGCCUAGUUUUGAUGAAUUCUUUUGUGAAACUCAAAAGAGAAUAGACAGUAUGACAUAUAGAAUUAAUACAAAACAGUUUAACAACCAUUUAACUGCAGUGUAAGAAAAUUGGACUGUAAUCAUAUCGCUACUGGCAUCUGUUAUCUAGUAUGCAUUUCUGGUGUGUAUCUGAAAGGAAGAUAUUUUCUACCCUAGAUCCAAUUGCAUUUAUUUAUCAAUAAGUGCCAUUAAAUUGAAAUUAUAUUACAUUUUACACUUUCUCAAUGAAUGAACAAAUUAGUCUGUAGAAUCUAGCCACCUGUUUAGCCUAGUCAUGUGCCUUGAACAUAUAUGUGUCCCAUAAUCUGGCUCAUGGUACCUGUUCUUCUAUCCAAACCUUUCAAUUCAUGCUACCUGAUUCAUUUAUUUGACAUAGAUCUUAGGCCCACUUGAACUCUUUUCUUGUUUAUCUAGCAUAGCACAAACGUUUUUCCAGUCUUCUUUAUCAACACUAAUGCCUCUUAAUUGCAUCAGUAUUUCCUAUUGGAAAAUACAUCUGUUCCAGAAAAACAUUUGGCAUUCCUGAAUAAUUUCCAAAUGUUUUUAAUCCAAAGAAAAAGGUUUAAAGCUUAUUUCCCUUUCUUAUACACACCUGAAUAAAAUUGAUGUGCAUGUUUUAGGGAUCAAUUACCUAACUGUUCCUUGGUCUAUUUAUGUAUAAGAAUGCUUUUUAAAGCACAUGUCUCAUUUUAAAUGAUGCACAAACUGAAGACGUUAAUAAAAUUUAAGAGUAGUACAAUGA